AGAGACUAGGAAAAAGUUCAUCCUUUCGGCGUUGAUUCACAAAGUUCGCGAGCCAAAAGCGAAAGCCAAGCGAUCAUCGGCGGCCGUUGCGUCCCCCACGUCUAUUGUCCCUCCUUAAACUACCGCGAUGGAAGGCCGCGAGCGUCUGCAGAUCGACACGGAAGUGCCAUCCAAUGUGUAUGCGUUGGAUCUGCACAAGCUCAGUGCACUGGCACAUAUCCCCGAGUCAGAGCUGGUACGAGGCAUGCAGUCUGAGGACGCCGUGGACAUGCAAGGCGUCGUGGUGAACCGUGGUCAGGAAGUGCCAUUCGAGGCUGUAGGCAAGACACCAGAGGACGACGACGACGCUGACAGUCCGUACCACCACGGUAGUCCGUCGCCCGUGGGUGGCACUGACACAAGCGUCAAACAGGUGCUUCUCACUGCCGCCUCCAGCACCAUGUGCCUGGACGGCUCAGACACGCCCAAGUGCCUUAUUAUGCUCGGAGAGUACACACUCAUUGAGCACAUAUUGGCGCAGCUAUUCGUCGCGGGGAUGGAGAGAGUCGUGAUCAUCAUCUCGUACUUUGGCCACGAGAUCAUGGAGCACGUCAAGGAGAGUUUCCUAUACUCGAAACUGCAGAUCGAAUUCUUAAAUCUAGGAGAGGAGACACCUUACGGACAUGCACGCACGUUACUGUCCGCCAGAGAGAUGUUCACCAAACCAUUCUUGAUCCACACUGCAGACCAUAUCUUCGACAGAGCCAUUAUCAGUCGCAUGGCCCAUUUUGAACUGGACGGGUGUGUUGCUUGUGUACUUGUGGAUGCUGAUAAGGAGAAGCUCAAGGGCUUACCGUCUACAGCGGGAAAAGUGCUGCUAGACUCAACGAAUGGGGCGAUUCGAAAGAUUGGACGUGGACUGAAGCAAUUUGACGCUAUCGAUGCUGGUUUGUUCUUAACGACGGGACGGUUGUUUGCUGCACUGGAGAUGCUGGCGUAUGAGAAGCCCAAGUUUUCGCUAGCAGAGGCUCUGAAUGUGUUGCGUCCGAGUUAUGGAUUGAAGUAUUUAGAGACGGACGGUGAUGCGUGGCUUAGUGUAGAGACGCAGGCCCAGCUGGAUGCUAUUCUAGCAAAUGAUAGCAUCGCGUCCCUCUCACCUUGGCCAGUGUUUGUUGCGAAGGAGCCAGAAGAGAAAACUCCAUCAAGACCAACCACUCCUGGUGGCAAGAAUGUGUUCCUGGCUGUGUCAGCUGCUGACGAUGACUCAAUGUUGCGUGCUGUUGAUGCGCAUGUUCGUCAGUCUCAAGAUGUAUUUGAAGGGUUUGUCGUCGGUGUGAACCAGCUGCAAGAAGUGGACGAUGUUGCUACCUCUGCUCCUACCGGGGCAGCUGUCCAAGCUCAUGAGACUACGCCACUGCUUGGUGGCUCUCCUUCGCGUCAUGAUCGUCAGGGACCGCAUGUCCCUUUGGCUAUUCGACGUAAGAGGAGUUCGUUUUUAGAACAGGCUGAAGACUCAUUCGUGCUUUCCAUUCCUUUCGAGCAACCGCCUAACGUCACGGUUGAUAUCGGUGCCUCGCACGAGCAUGGAGUGUCGUCGGUCAUGGAGAGAAAUGCGUAUCUAAUCGAGCUUCCACAGGUCACGACAACUGGAGGUGGCUCGGGCGCUGUGCAGGAGACCUCACAGCAAUUUGUGCUUGCUGUGCCCGACAGUGAUACGCUAUACAAGCGUCCUGGCUUGUUGCGUCGUUUGUCGUCACUACCGACUGAUGUUAAGGAUAUUGCUGUGGAAACAGUGGAGCUCCGCAAUGGAACAAUGGAAUUGCAGUUGCUUGUCAAGCGCCAGGUGCCUUUCAUCGGCUACGUGCUGCUAUUAGCUGCGCUAUUCACAAUCUCGUCCAUGGGCGCAGCGUUGGAUCUGCAACGCAACGUGGACCCGUUCAUGAAGCUGUUCUGGCGCACGACAGCGUCGUUAAUAGUGUUCAUCCCUCUUGCUGGUGCCGCGCUGUAUGACCAGGGGCUACCGCAGUUUUCGACGCGGAAUAUGAUCCUCUUCCUGACGUGUUCACUGUCCUACGCGGUCUUCCUCAUGACGUUCCUGUGGGCGCUAUCGCACACUUCUAUUGACCACGCUUACAUAUUUAACAACUGCCACUCGCUUCUCAUGGUGGUUGGCCGUUUGCUGCUUGGACGGUAUGUCUCGCAGUUUGAGGGAUUGGGGACAGCCAUCGGUGUGAUUGGUGGGGCUCUCACAACGCUGGAUCAUCCACAGGCGUCAUCAUCAGGAGCUGAAGUGGUGCAGGUUUCGUUGGCUGGAGAUCUCGUCGCACUUGUUGGUGCAGUUGGAGGUGCUCUGUACCUCAUCACAGCCAAGAAACUGCGUACAGAGAUGGACAUCAGCAUCCUGUUCGUUGGUAUGUUCACGUUGCUAGCUCUGCUGAUCUUCCCCGUGUUCUCGCUGCUGGAGAUUCCGUUUGAAGCUUCUAGGGAUCCUGAUCUGGGUCUAUUUGGCUGGUUGGACCCGUCUCGUGCGGCUUCAGAAGCGUACAUUGUUCUCGUCUGUACACUCAUCGGUACGCUGGGCUACAUCGCCGUGAUGAAGUAUUUCGCCCCCAUUGUCGUCUCGGUUGUGAUGCUCGUGGAGCCUGUGCUGGCUGCGUUCAUGGGUGUAGCAGUGGGUGUUGAUGUCUUCCCUGGCUUACUUACUAUUGUAGGCUCGCUGCUGAUCAUCGCGGGUACAGCUUUGGUGAUCGUGUCCAACUCGUCCAAGACCCAAACGAUCGACGCCACGGCGGCCAUGUCAUCUACGUCGACGGCCUUACCUCGCGGUCUCAGCUCCGCCACUGCCGCUGGUCUUAAGUUGCCGCAGACAACUACGCCCUCGACAAACCUGAGAUACGUCUAGGCAGAAUCACUAGUCCAUAAGUGUCCUCGAGGACCAAAAAUCGAAUUAACGUUGCACAUGUUGAAGUUUGCUUUUCUGC